AUGCAACACACAAGCUCACUAUUUUUUGGUCAAAGACUUUGUCUGGAAGAGUUGAAAACACAAAAUUCAGUUAAUUCAAAUGAAUGUUUGAUUCUUUCAGGCCAUGGAAAUACUGUUGAAAUUUAUCGAGUUUAUGCUCAAUCGGCUGAUGGGGAUUUUGACAGAUUUGAACUUCUUUCAACUUUGGAUAUAUUCUCUAGUACAAAAUCUUCUGUUCAAAAAAUUAUUUGGUUGGAAAAUGGAGCAUUAUUCUGUGUUGGUGAACAAGAGUGCCAAAUUUUAUGUCUCGAUAGAAUUGAUUUGAAAUUUCCUAUCAAAACCUACCAAAAUUUAUAUUUUGACGAUUGGAUAAUUGGUGCAAAAUGUGUUGAUGGAACAAGGGUAUUUUUUAAUUUUGUUUACAUUUCUGAAUUUUUGCGGACAAUAUUAACGGACAAAUUUUGA